CAUCUGAGAGAAAUAAACAAUGAUUGACUAGCCAAUCUGGCUUUGUGCAUAUAUGUUAUAUAUAACAUUAAUAAGGAUCAUGUGGGGCGUCACUGAUCAGCAUAACAAACCAAAUAACCAAAAGGGUGACAACUGGACAUAAAACUGGAUAUGCUACACUUUGUUUGGAUAUUGCUAUGACAAAAUGUGAAGUGAUUAAAAUAAAUAUGGAUGUGCAGACUGAUUUCGUGUUAAACCAAAGUAAACUUUGUACAAAGUAAAGUUGGAACAACACAAUCAUGUAAAGAUCAGGGUUUUUGUCUUCUAAUACUGAACACAGCUCUUGCUGGCUUUAGGAAUGAGUUUUUGAGCUGAAUCAGUUAUAGUAAUAAAGGAGGCAAAGUGGUGUGGCCCCCCAAGACUGGACUCUCGACCCCUCUGCAACAGAUCACCACUCACCAACAAAACAAACACCAGGCUGAAUGAAGGUGACUUCCUACGUGCCAGCUAAGUAGGCGCCAGAAUAUAACUGGCACCAUUUAAGGUGGAACAGAAAAACCUGAACAAGAAGCUGGCUAAUAAGAAGCUGACUUCACCUUUGCCCAACAAACAGCUCUGGCUUAUGCAAGAUUUCUGAGCACUGACUGAAGUGAGUAAAGCCGUUUUAUUUACAGGACACCAUUUGGCCGUUUCACACAAACACACGCAGGUCCGGCCGGGUUUACGGAGCGCGGUACUGCUGCUCAGUCUCUGAGGUUUGAGGUGUGUUUCUGAAGCCAUGCUAGGCUUUUUUGCCCCCGAUAACCUCUGUGACUUUGCCUGUUUUCCUCCUCCGCUCGCCUUGUGCUGCUUCUCUGGUUCACUUCCAGCUAAAAUAACGCGCUGAGGAGACUCGUCUAAAUCCUAAAGAGGCCCAAAAGUCGAGUUACUGAGACAUUGUCUGACCAUCCUGUUUUAUAAUUGAUGGAGGGACAGGCAUGAAAGGGAAAACAGGAGUUGGUCAUCUUUUCAUGUAGGAGAGAGGGCAAGCACGGGAUGAAAGGUGGGGGGGUUGUUUGUUUGAUCAACGGAGGGAGAGUCGUGUGGAUGGAGAGAGAAGAGAGAGAGAGAGAGAGAGGGAGAUGGGGAGAAUAAGGGAGAGGUUGAUAGAGAGUGCUCGUGAGAGAUGGAGAGAGGGUGCAGAAGUGGAGGAUUUAGAGGCGGCCCUGGGAGGCUCCAUGGUAACGGGAGGCUGAGGCUGCCGUGCCUUCUGAAAAGAGGGACAAACAUCAGAGCCUGACUUUUCCCUCUUUCAAACUCUCUCACUUCUCUUCGGGUCAAGCUGUUUCAGUCUCUCCUCUGGCCUGUACAAUUUCCUGUACCGUGUGUCAGCCUGCUCCAGAUGUCCCACCCAAUUUAGUGCUCAGCUCUGACUCCUCUCAUUACAGCUCCACACAAAAAGGUGAGAUGGAAGGUGACGGGGUUGGCAAAAGCACCCUCCGUCCACCACCUCUCUUCCGAUCCAUCGGCCUGACCGGCCUGUCUGCCAGCUUGCCGCCCCACCGCCGUUUACGAUCGGCCCUGCACAGGGCUAGGGCUGUGUUACCUGCUAAUUCUAAUGCUAAUGAAGCUGCUCAUUCAUGGCCUCAAGCACCCAGCAGAGCUUCUGAGAGAGGACUGCCUUUAAAAGGCCAUAUUCGCUCCAGCUUACACAUGAACUUGGUUACACAUGAUUUGGACUCUCUGCCAGACAUUGUGACCCACAAACUCGGCCUGCCUCAGCAAGAGAUAACACCACGUAGAGAGAGCCACGUUAGAGAGCCCAAAAUCCUCACAUUUGCUAGCUCUCAGGCUCAAGCAGAUAAAGGCAAACAUUUGCAUUUAAGGCCCAACAUUAGCCUCACCAAUAAAAUGCUAAUCCCAGCAAGAACUGCACACAGGCAAAACAAUGCAGCUCAUAAUCCUCCACCAAAAACCCACAGACGGAGAAGCACUGUGUCUCCUUUCACACAGAGUGAGGUACACUCAUCUGAAACAGGGGCAACUACAGAAAGACUUGCAGAAAAGAGGAAAGAGAAGUGGAGACGGAGGAAAAUCAACAUUACAGGAAUACACAGUCAAUCAGAGCGACUGCUGACCCCUGAGAAAGGCCAGGAAGACAACAUCUGCCAAUGGUUAAGCAGCUUGGGGAUAACGGACAGAGAAAAAGACCAAAGGGAGUGCCAGAGAGAGUCUAAUAGACAAGGCCGUAGGCUUGAAAGUGUAGAGAAAGGGGCAUGUCCCACAAGGAGAGACCGACGCCCACACUUCCUGCCUCCCAUCUCUCAGUCAGACUGUCUACUGAACGUGCCGCUGGUCCUUCCGGAAAAUUCACCUCCUCCUUCUCCCAGCUGUGUGCCCAGCGAUCCUUUCUUCCCUCUACAAGUCCCUGCUUUACCGCUCUGGACAGAACACAGACUCAAACACACCUGACUGACCAACUAGCAGACACACAUUCAAAUACAACCUACAGGCCAAAAGUGUUGAGAUGCCUCACCUUCUUUAUUCUGUGUGUUUGCGAAGACUUCAUAACCAUAAAACGGCUAUUUGCUAAUGCUUUGGGUAUAUUCAGCUACAUGUUCA